UCAAUAUGUCGGUCAUCAACGACUCAAAAGAAUCCUGAUCUCGUUAUACGAUCAGUUCAGGCCAGCCAACUAGAAGAAGGGCAAAAGCUACGUGCAGAUGCAACCCACCAGUUUCCCAUAGCGAUGCUCCUACUCGCCGAGAGCAGUGAGAAAAAGGAGAAAGCGUACGUACAGUACACGCCCAAGAAACCAUCAAGAUAG